AUGCCUGUCCAUGACAGCAGCUAUUCUCAGCCCACGCAACAACAAGACCUUUCUGUUGUUCUAGUAACAGGAUCUUACGAUCACGAGAUACGAUUUUGGGAAGCCUGGAGUGGGAUUUGUUCACGAACCAUCACCAGGGAUGAAGCCGGGCAAAUAAACAGAUUAGCGGUAUCCCCAGAGCGACGCCUGUUAGCUGCUGGGAUCCACAAACGGAUAAUGGUAUAUGAAGUAGCUGGAAAUUCUUCCAAGUCGCUCGUUACAUUCGAAGGCCAUACAAACAACGUUACUGCGGUGUCGUUUCAUCCUGAAGGGAAAUGGGUUGUGUCUGGUAGCGAGGAUGGCACAAUAAAGAUAUGGGAUCUAAGGACAUCGCACUUGUAUCGAACAUAUGAAAAUGGAUCGCCAGUGAAUGAUGUGGUCGUUCAUCCGAACCAGGGCGAAUUAAUUUCCUGUGACCAAGCUGGCGUAAUCAGACAAUGGGAUCUGGCGGAAAACUCAUGUACACUGGAACUGGCACCUGCUGGGGAUACCCCAAUACGCUCUGUCAGUGUUGCAUUCGAUGGAUCAUGUCUGGUCGCCGGAAACAACAAGGGGAAAGUCUAUGUCUGGAAGAUCAAUGACGAUGCUUCUGGUCUCCCCCGCUUCCAAGCGGUGACGAAGUUUCAAGCACAUAAUAAAUACCUCACAAGGUGUCUCCUGAGUCCCGAUGUAAGGCUUCUAGCAACAUGUUCGGCUGAUACAACAGUUAAGAUAUGGUCAAUCGGCCCGACAUUUGAAUUCAAAUUAGAGAAGACUUUGGUAGGACACCAAAGAUGGGUAUGGGAUUGUGCCUUUAGUGCCGAUUCUGCCUACCUUGUUACCGCGUCUUCGGAUCACGUCGCUCGACUUUGGGAACUUGCUUCUGGAGAGACUGUCCGACAGUACAAUGGACAUCAUAAGGCCUGCGUUUGCGUUGCCCUCAACGAUGUGAAUCUUGCAUGA